CCGUACAGGAGAAAGAAGAGGAUAACCAGCGUUGCGCAGAGCCAUCGUCUCGUGGGCUUGGUCCUAUGUGGUUUCUGGCCUGUGCAUGGAGGCACCCGCAGCUACGAGAGGCGGCAUCCAUCGCGUCCUACCAUGGUGCCGGCGUUAAAGUGUGUAUUAGGCUUUGGGAUGGAGGCUGGGUCAAGCGGGCGGAGGGCCGAGAUCAGACGGAUCAACCACAUCGAUCUCGGCGAGCGGCGUCCGGAAGCCGGUCGCUCUCCAUUCCCUCCCAGUGGCCCAGAGGCCGUUCGCCAACUGCCCUGUUUCGCGCCCAGCAUCCAGCUUCAAAAAACGGCCCGGCUCGUGCUGGCAUGUUGGCCAACUGGCUCCGCCAUCACCAGCGACUUGCACAGACACCCAGGCCCCACCACCUGCUCCAGCCAAUGCAGUCGGUCUCGUCUGUCCAGCGGUCAGUGCGGCAUUGGAUCGCUGAGCUAAAGCAGUGCCGGACAUACUGGACGGAUCUAAACGACGAUGGAAGCCGGUGGGCGAACCAACUGGCGAAUCUUGCUCUGGAAAAAACCUUUGUUGCCCAUGGUGCCCUUUGGUCGCCUGGGCUGGUUGACCACCCGGAUCUGAAAGAGCUAUAUAGAGAUAAAACGACGACGGCAUGCCGACCCAUCCAAGCGGCCUUGCUCUCGAUCGUCGGCAAGAUGGAGGGACAGCUGCGGAAGAUGCAGACAAUCUCGUUCGAUAUUGCCACACUCCUGACAGAGACGUGCUCGACGAUGGGAGCCAAGCACGGCACCCAGGUGCCGGUAUUCAAGACCAUGUCGCUCGAGAAUCUGUGCGACGCAGUGCGUCGAGUCGUUUCAAUGUAUGCACUGGAGCUCGCUACAAAGCAGGCAAUUGUCCGCGAGCUCGAUAAUCCCAAAGAUCGGCGACAUGCGAUGCUAUCUAUCUCGGCGUGGGUCCAUCAGGCGCAUCUUUUGGAUGAAGAUUUAGUAGAGUUUGACGACAUGGUGCAGACAGAGACAUUGGAUGACCAGGACAGCCAGAAUGCUGGGCGUUGAUACACCGACAAAUGUUUCCGAUCCGCAAAACCGCUCGUUCCAUUUGCAACGUAAGGGUUUUGAAACGGGACACCCUGCUGUGAGUCAGGGUUGUCGUUGUUUUCUGGUCCUGAAUACACACCAUUCAUCACCCACCA